AUGAAAAUAAUUGGUGUUGCCGUGUUUGGAGCCGUGUUCUGCACUGUUCUGACUGCAUCCCUGAAAGUCAAAGAAGAACACAAGAUAGCUUUUUUCGGCGAAGAUGUGCACAUCCCACUCCCAUCCCUAGACAGCACUGAGGUUCUCUUCAAGCCCGCCUCCAAUCCAACCGCCGAGGUGGCCCUGAUGAGGGACGGGCGGGUGGUGGGCCACCGGGCCCAGCUUAACUCCCUCAAGCACCUCAUCCUGGAGGAUGUGGGGGAGGAGGACGAGGGCAUGUACAUGAUCAAGAACACCGAGGCGCCUGCCGAUGUCAAACACAUCCUCCUCCUUGUCAGGGAUUGCGCGCUGGAGCAGGUGGUCAAGUACGGUGAGACAUACCACAUCCCACUCAGCGACAUCUCGGGCCCUAUCACCCUGGAGUUCAGGCCCAGUCAAGCCCAGGCCAAUCAGACCACGGAGCCACCGGCGGUGGUGCUUCUCAACCAGACUUCCAUCCCCGCGGAAGAGUACAAGGGCCGUCUGAGUGUGUCAGAGAAAAGGGUGACUCUAAGCAUGGUGCAGGGGACAGACGAAGGCAGCUUCACCGUACUGGACCGCAACGGGAAAGUCAGGAGAAGGUCAUGCCUUAACGUUAAAGAGCACCAGAACUUCGUCCACCUAUCAUAUGGCAGUACUUUGAAGAUCAACCUGUUUGUGGACCACACCAAAGUCAACCUCCUGUACACUCCAGACUGGGACCGGAAGGACCGGGUCAUACUGGAGCAAGGAGAGCUAGUGGUGCCGGUGGACCCAUCACUGGACGGCAGGCUGACUGUAGAAGGCUCCAUGUGCAUUCUGGAGAGGGUCCGGUUCAGUGACAUGGGGCUCUUCAGAGUGACAGACCUGUUGGGGUUUCCUGUGACCAACAUCUACCUGGAGGUAGAAGCUUAUAAGUUACCCACGCUGUAUGUUGCAAUCCUCUCCUUACUGGGCUUCCUGGUCCUCCUCUUGCUGGUGUGCCUGUUCUCCUGCCUGACCAAUGUGCGCCGUCGGGCAGAGAAGGCGAGGCAAAUUGCCCUCAUCGCCCAGCAGGCGGACAAGGGGGAUGGAGACGCAUUCGUCAAGGUUGUUCAAGAGGCCUAUACGCGGUUCGCUGAGGAGUCCACUUUGACGUCUACGUGGGACAACAGCAAUGCUACAGAAAGCACUGAGGUCACUAUUAAGGGUCUGGAGGUAUCCAAAGCAGGCCGCUACCACACUUUCUCCUCGGACAAGAACUUCCUGGAGAUGAGCGACUCGGGGGUAGAGUUCAACUCCUCCGGCCUCCCGUUAGACAGCGAAUACGAGACGGACAUGCCCCAGACCUUUACCUCCCACAAGUUGGUCCUCAACAACUCUGACAGCGUGGCAGCCACUGUCAUCCCAGAGGGAGAUCAAAGCGCCAACUGGAACCCCGACUUGGCCAUGAGCCCCAGCCCCAUGACCCAGGCCCGCUCUGAGGCCGACGCCCCUGAAGAAGACCUGAUGGGUGACAGCACGCCAGAAAUGACAUCCAGGGGCGCCGAGCUGGCUGGAGGACUUAAGGCAGCCGACAGUGUUGCUGAGCCUGCCGAUAAAGCAAGAAGCCCAUUGAUUCCCAGUGCCACCGCAGAGAACACCAUCACCUGA